CUUAGGGGGCGCCACCUUGUACAUAUAUGCGCAGCACUGUAUGAAAUAAAUCAGUUCCUGCUUGGCUACCGGCUGCUGCUGUACUUCCUCCCGGCCGGCGCUUCGGGCGCCGUGCCCUUUGUUCUCCGGGCGUCGCGUUCGACGUCCGAUGCCACAUUUGGCGACGAGUUCGACGGAUCCACGUAAAUCAAGAGAUAAGGUAUACAUCGACGCCGUGGCCAGGGACGCCUCGCCGGAACACAAGAAGGCGCUGCUUCUGAACGCCUUAGGCGUCGAGGGACUGAACACUUACCUGCGUGCCGCCGAAGAUGAGCAGCAGCCGGGAGCCGACCGGCCAACUCAGGAGGAGACGCCGAACGUGUACGACGCAGCCCUUGCGCUGCUCAGCCAACUUUUCGACCCUCAACCGGACGCAGCGUGUCUGCGCGCCCGCUUCAAAGCUCUGUGCCAGGGACCGGACGAGUCGGCGGUCCAAUUCAUUCACGAAGUACGCCGACUAGCCAAGCUGUGUGAAUUCGGCGCGGCGAGCGACAUCCUUGCUUACGACCAGAUCGUCUCUGGCAUCGCGUCGCCGCAGCUGAAAAGGACUUUUUACAAAUUGGGCAAGGACUUCACCGUGCAGAAGGCGCUCGACAUUGCAAAGGAGGAGGAGCGCGUUGACCGAGCCUUGCUACAGUUAUCCGGAGUUCAAGUCGACACCGUGUCGUCGCGUACAGUUCAAGAUGGCGGCGCAACUCGCCGAAUUCGUCAAAAUGGCGGGCCAAAUGGUGGCCGUCCUCCCCAAGCUUCGCCGCAAGAUGGCGCCGGCGGGACUUCGUCUGCGUGCACCUCCUCGCCCACCACUGCUGCGGACACCUCCUCUCCAGCUGCGCCGCCGGGUCGCGCGGGUGCCUGUUACCGCUGCGAAUCGACCCGGCAUUGGGCCAACUCCGCCGCCUGCCCAGCCAGGAGCCGGAUGUGUUCGCGAUGCGGACGUCGUGGACAUUUCGCGCGGGUCUGCCGCACUACUUCGGAGUCUCCGACCGGUCAUCAGGGCACAUCAACGGUGACCAAUACAGUUACUGUCCUACAAGUGGACGAACCGGUCACCGCUAGCGGACUUCUUCAUCUUCCCGUACGGAUCAAUGGAUCCAUUUUGAAUAUGCUCAUCGACACUGGAGCGGCUGUGUCGCUACUUAACGUUCAAGAUUACAAGCGGUGCUUCCCGAACAUCAAGCUUCUUCCAUCAAACGUUAUCCUGAAGAACUAUUCGGAACAAGCCAUCGUGAAUUAUGGAUACUUCAAGGCUUCCGUUUCCUACAGCGGCAACGACGCCUGCAUUACCUUUUACGUUACGGACAAAGGCAAUUCACUACUGGGGUUAGAUGCCAUCCGAGCCCUGAAGAUUAUCAUCGAGGGUGAGACUCUCUCCUGUUCCGUCGUCGAGCCAUCGGCACUUCCCGUCAAUGCAGCGUUGGAGCCUCAUCGUCCGUUCACUUCGGACUCCAGUCCUGCAGAGCAUACGUUGCUUCAGCAUGGUCGUCGACAGGGCGUGCCAGCAGUGGCAUCCGGGUUCCACCGGCGCCCGUGCCAGCUUCCUCGGCAAGGGACUGAUGCCCCGACUCAACAAGAGGUUCAUGCAGUCAUCACAAGGGCGAGCUCAUCGAACGGCAGUGCCCCUAUUGUCCAGGUGAACAUGUGUCGCGAUGAAUUUUUUCGCACUGCUCGUGAACGUGAAUUGCCGCUGUCUAAUGCCCCUCAGAAUUCAUUUUUCAUUCCUACUCAAGUGUUCUAUAGUCAACGGUACAUGCAUGCCGAUCUUGCAAAUGCUCAUUAUUGUCAUACUUGUUCUGACGGUUCUUGCAAGGGCAAUGCUUACUUUCCUGCUAAUGACAGUGUACUCGAGCCACAGGGCUCCUUCGCGGCACCAUUUCAAUGUCCGGCUGUGGUGCCCAGCCAAAAUGCUUCUUUUUCUUCUAACAUACCUUCAGUUGAGCCACCAAGCUCCUUAACGGCACCGGUUCAAAGUCCGGCUGUGGUUCCCAGCCAUCAUACUUCUACUGAGUGCGUAGUAGAGCCACCGGGCUCCUUACAGACACCUUUUCAAUGUUCGGCUGUGGUGUCCAGCCCCCAUGAUGUUUCUCCGUGCCCCGAGCACGUUUCAGAGUCGCAGGACUCUUUACAGGCACCUUACGAAUGCUCGACUGCCGUGCCCAGUCCCCAUGCAGAUAGUUCUAACAAUAAUGGACAUGAUUCAGAGCCGUCGGGCUCCCAUGCGUCGCGUUGUCAUUUCCCGUCCUCAGCCAACGCUGAAGGACGCUUAAGCGAGUCAUCUGACUCUAGUUAUUCCUCUACGCUCUCAGCUGUGCCUGAGCAGCGCGUAACUGAGCCAGUAGGCUCAUCUGAAGAUGCAGAACUUACUGCUCCGCAAGGGAGCACUUCAGAACGAAAUGCGCCGCGGCGUUCGAAACGGUUGCGUAAAAAACCGUCCAGGUUUAAGGACUUUGUGUCCUAAAUUCUUCUUUUUCACUCACUGGUUGAAGUCAGUGUGCCAUACUUGUGCAUUCUUGUGUGUAUGCUGUGCAUCUAUUUAUUGUAUAAUGGUUAUAAGUUCUACCGCUUGGUACACUGGUAUGCUGUGAAUUCUUUGUUGUAUUUUAUUUGUAUCAGUGUCUUCAGCUAGAGUACGCUGUGUACUUUGCUUUUGUUCCCUUCUCAUGCCGGUUCC